UUCCUGUGUGAAAUGGGCAGUAGCAGUGGCUAAAGCCCUGUUCCUCUUUCCCAGAAGCUUUCAGACUUUCCUUCAGGACUAAUCCCAAGAAGCCACCUAUCUGGACUGCAGACAAGAGCGACCAUGACCAACUGGCGCAGCUCCAUCAUCCUCACGGCCUACGUCGUCAUCUUCCUCACCGGUCUCCCCGCCAACCUCCUGGCCCUGCGGGCCUUCGUGGGGCGGGUCCGCCAGCCUCACCCUGCGCCCGUCCACAUCCUCCUGCUCAGCCUGACGCUGGCGGACCUCCUGCUGCUGCUGCUGCUGCCCUUCAAGAUGGUUGAGGCCGCCUAUAACUUCCGCUGGUAUCUGCCCGAGCUGCUCUGCGCCCUCACGGGUUUCGGCUUCUACAGCAGCAUCUACUGCAGCACGUGGCUCCUGGCGGGCAUCAGCAUCGAGCGCUACCUGGGAGUGGCUUUCCCCGUGCAGUACAAGCUGUCCCGUAAGCCUGUGUACGGAGUGAUUGCUGCCGUGGUCGCCUGGGUCAUGUCCUUUGGUCACUGCACCAUCGUGAUCAUUGGUCAGUACUUGAACUCAACCCAGCAGACCGCAAACACGAAUGGAAUCACUUGCUAUGAGAACUUCACCGAAACGCAGCUGAGCGUGGUGCUUCCGGUGCGGCUGGAGCUGUGCCUCUUCCUCUUCUUCGUCCCCAUGGUGAUCACCAUCUUCUGCUACUGGCGCUUUGUGUGGAUCAUGCUCACCCAGCCCCACGUGGGGGCCCAGAGGCGGCGCAGAGCUGUGGGGCUGGCUGUUGUGACCCUCCUUAAUUUCCUGGUGUGCUUCGGGCCUUACAACAUAUCCCACCUGGUGGGGUAUUACACGAAGAAAAGCCCCCCGUGGCGGGUCGAAGCCGUGGUGUUCAGUUCCCUCAAUGCCAGUCUGGACCCCCUGCUCUUCUACUUCUCUUCAUCGGCUGUGCGCAGAGCCUUUGGAAAAGGGCUGCAGAUACUGCGACAUCAGGGCUCCUCCCUGUUGGGACGCAAAGGCAGAGAGACAGCGGAGGGGGCGAGUGGGGACAGGGGUGUGAGUCAAGCCGAGGGAGCACCGAGUUCCGACUUCACUACAGACUAGGGGGGUCCUGGACCUUUGGAGGCACUCUGGGUUACCUAAGAAUUGAGCAGGCUGGGAGAGUGGGAGCACGGGUCAGGAAUCCUCAGCCCCGAUCCACUACUGGGGCUGCGAAAACCUCUCUCAGCAGCUUGGUGUCCCCUCCUGACUGAAGUUUCCAGCCCAAAAGAGCACAGCUCUGUGACAAAAAGAAGAAAUGGUUAGGCACAGAAGCACCAUCAGACCAGGGUUUCGGAAGCAACGUAGCUAAUACAAAUCCAGUCCCUGUGACGUAGCCGGCAGCUCGGAUGACCGGGCUCAAGCGGAGUCCUUAAAGCAAUCUUGCUAUAAAGCUUUGAACAACACCUAGACACCGGUCUAGCUGUGGAUGCUGGAAAGAAGCCAACGGGAAAGAGGUGGAUGAGAAUACCAAAUGAGGUCAAAGAAGACUCAGGAAGGUUAUAAGCCAAGGGGGGGCGGGGAUCAAGAGGGAGGACUGGAGACUCAGGCCUCUGAUGAUCUAGGUUUGCACUGUAUCUAUCGCUUCCACCUGCUGCUUUGUAAGUAUGCUCCAGUCGCCUUCGUGUGUGUAUCUUGUCUCCCUGCGUCAAACCUGCCGGAGGUCUGGGUCUUGUCUUCCCCCUCCGUGGCACCCCACACGGGUCAGGACGCAGCCUGGCACCCAUCAGUCAGAAGUCAACACCGGUGAGCCCAGGAGUACACAACCUGGCCUGGCAGACUGAAAAUAAAGACGGUAAAACUCUGCA